UGCAGAUACUACAUGAACAUGGUUUUUUCAUUCUAAACUGUUUUUAAUAAAUCUGCUUACAUAUUUGUCGGAUAAUUAGUUUUAAAAACUUACCCAUAUGAGGACGGUUAAGUAACUUUUACCUAAACUCAUUUAUCUUUGAUUAAAGGUUAUGUUUUCGGCCGUAAAAUGAUUAAUUCUGAUGAACUAUCGAAUGAACCGAUACUUUAUGAAUUAUUGGAGUAUUUUGUCCGAAAGCAAGAACCGGAGCUGAUAAAAUGUAAAAAUGAUGCUGUAAUAUUACCGACAACUGGGACAAUUAAAAAUGCUCUUAGAUAUCUCAAUAACAGAUACUCUUUGCCAGAGAGCAUAUCGCAACAAAUCAGUCUUACGUUACCAUGGAAAUUUGCGAUCGGGGAUUCUGGACGUUUACUAGCUAUUUUACAAGAAAAUGUCAUAGAAAUUCGAAAAGCAAAAGAUGAAUAUUCGUCGAUCAUUGGAAAAGCCUCUGUUCCAAAGGAUGCUUUUCCACACUGGCGUAAAAUUUCUUGGAGUCCAGACGGAACGCUUUUUGUGUUAGCAUCCAGUAACGGUUACACCUCCUUUUACAAUGCAAUUGGAAACAAUAUUUUCAACAUCAGUCCGAAGACUGUUUCUCAAAACCCUCAUAUUUUAGAAGCCGGAGAUGCUAUAGCAUCUAUGAUAUUUCUUAAGCCGAGAAUAAAAUCUGAAAAGUGGUCCUACGAAUUUUUGUUAAUUACAUAUAGUGGUCUGCUCAGGUCGUAUCAUGUUUCAGUGAACAAUGGUUUCGAAGCAAAUUAUGAAUUUUCUUUUGGUAAUUUUUAUAAAAAUGGCGUUAAUGCUGUUACUUAUGAUGAAAAGCAUUGCUUAUUUUAUAUUGCUGGAAACACAAUAACCCAAAAAUUAACGUCAACAGCUUCAGAAAGUGGUUUAACGUCAUGGCGACACCUGGAUGAAUAUCCAUACUGUAAAUUAUCAUUUGCCUUUGACGACAAAUCAAAAACUUCGUCAAGGUUUUCUAUAUGGAGUAUCAUUCCAACGUUAAGUUUGCAACCAGAGUCGAUCAUAUUCAAAAUAAAAAUCUCUCCGAAUAGUCAAUUUCUGACAUGUUUGCACUCCGAUGGCUCAAUAUCGCUAUGGGCACUGCCAAAUUUAUUGUUACAAAAGAAAUGGAAAUUGUUCGAACAACCAGAUUUCAAUACACCUAAUCCUCUGGGGCAUGUAAAAUCAAAAAAAUUCCCACCAGGUGUUAACGAAUUCCACCCAUUGGACAUCGGUUGGUGGUCUCACCAGGCAAUUAUAAUUGCAAGAUACACUGGAUCCAUCUCUGUAUGUUCCACAAAGAAUUUAAAAAAUCGUUUGGGCACGAGUCCUGAGUUUUUAGCAGGACAGCCACAAAUAUGUGAACUUGGUCCAGAUCGAGGCUUUUUGUGUCUGGACUGUGAAACGUUUACGAGUAAAAAACGAAACAGAGAAUCUAAUACUGAAAGUCAGAUAUCAGAAGCCUCAUCCGAAAGCGAAGAGGAGCACGACGAAUUAGAACCAAUUAGUAUAUUAAACUACACUACAAAUUUAGUGCAAAGUACUUUAUACUCUAUAACUGAUAUUGAAAAAUUUCAACCCAAAAGAAAAAAAUCAAGGGUGUUAUUUAGAACAUAUAGAAUCCUUGGUCUCAAAAGUACCACACCCGAAGAACUUUAUUCAAGAAAAAUAGAUAUAGAGGAGUACGAAGAAGCUUUGGCCUUGGCUAAUACGUACAACUUGGAUACGGAUCUUGUUUACCAAACGCAGUGGCGAAAGUCUGAAUUGUCUUUGAAUGCGAUUCAAGAACAUCUGAGCAAAGUUACGAAAAGAUCUUGGGUGUUGCAUGAGUGUGUUACUCGAGUACCGGAUACUAUAGAAGCAGUAAGAGAAUUAUUGAAUUUUGGAUUGAAAGGUGCCAACUUGGAAACAUUGGUAGCGAUCGGAGAAUGUGAUAAUGGGAAAUUUAUAGUGGACAACACAGAUGAAGAUUGGAACGAAAUGGACGAAGGAAGCGUAAGUUUGAGACAGCUGCAAAAAGAAAAUGAAUUGCUCGAUAAAAUUGACAUCAAACAUUUGUCAGAUGCUCAGAGCGACUUGAUCAAAUAUAGAAGAAAGCUUCUGAAUCAUUUAGAUAAAUUGCUCACUUACGAAAUUAUUUUGGGAGCCUCGUUAAAAUAUAAUAAAGUCUUUUACGAGGAGUUUCGACAACUUUCGGCAAUUGAGAACACGAUUAGGUUCGCCAAAGAUGGCGAUUGCGAAGGAGUUGAAAUUAUGUUCACGUAUUAUAGCAAAAGUUUACUACCCCAUUGGCUAGCAAUAAUUAGCUUUUUCCCAGAGACUUUAAAUCCAUCGAAAUAUAUAAAGCUUCUACCACAGUGUGAUACAGAUGGUAACUUAUUAUUGCUCGAUCAACGUGAAUUAAGACAAAAGGAUUGGUCCGAGAAAACUGAAUUCAAUGAAAUAAUUAAUUUGGAAAAUGACGAUAAGUCGCAGUUACUUUACGAGUCUGACCCAUCGCUAUCUAUAUACAAAAAUACUUCUCUUACUCCGGAGCUAUUACAAAAGUGGUACAAAUCCAGAGCUUAUCAAAUCGAAAGAAACAGUUACAUGGUCGAUAAUGCAUUGCAAUUGAUAAAAAUUGGGAAAUUGCACAACGUUGAUGGUUUGGAAAAUCUGCUGUUAGAUCUGGAAACUUUGGAUGAUCUAAUUUACAAAGUAGGCCUGGAAGAUCAUUCUCUGGACCAGUUACAAAAGCUAACUAAUUUGGAAAAAAUUAAGCUGUUAAUGAGCACGACUACCGAGAAAAGUUUCGUCGACGAUAUAAAAAAUUUCAUAUUGCCGUUUGUACAAAGGAGGCAUCAGUAUUUGGGCAGAGAAUUGGAAAGGCAUUUGUUCAGUGAUUAUUUGAUAUGCAUUAGUAAAGAAGAUCUAAAAUUAUCGGUGAAACUUUUUGAAUACAUAAAACAGUCCCAAGAUAACGAGAUUGUUCAAAUGAUUGAGGACAUUGUUAUUUUAGCACUAGCUUGUAUAUAUGCUUGCAAUGAUCCUGAUAUGUAUGAGAAAGCAAUGAGCAUUAUAGAUUCUAUUGCAAAAGAUCGCGGUGCAAAGAGAAUCGCUGAAAAGUACACCUUAAUCGAAGAACUUGACAGAGAGCUCGAGUGUACAAAAAUCUUAAACAAGUAUGGGGUUAAAACUACGUUGAACGCGUUACGAAAAAAUAAGAGCAAUCCUGAGGCUGCGAAACAAUUGUUAAUUCAAAUGGCAAGAGGCUUGAAUAAAAUAAUCCCUCCUCCGGAUGAGAAACAAUGGGCCCAAUUGUUAAACGAGAUGUUGGAAAUUCACGGUCUCAUUUUUAGUUGCGUCGAUAUUGAGAUAUGUUUUGAAAUCUGUGUAUCAGCACGUUUGGUGUCGGGGGUUAAGUCCAACAUACAAAAUUGCGCAGAGUUAAUUGAAACCAAGAAAAACGAACAGUCUCUGUUGAAAGUAUCGUAUGAAAAGGCAGUGAACUUAAUACUGGAAGCUAGUAAAGAAUAUUUUAAUAGUUCAAAGUCUCUUACUGAUUCUAACAUGGAAUUGGCUAGGGCUUGUCUUCACCUAAUUGUCGACGAUAAUGCACAAAUAAAAGAAGAAUAUGAUCUGAUAAAUUCACUUCAAAUUUUGAACGAGUUCAAUAUCAAUAUACUACCGUUGCAAGUCAGAUUGAUGCAGGACAGACUUAAAUUGAUAGCAGAUUGUUUAAACAGGCGCGAAGACGGCCACAAAAGUCGACAAAGAUUGUUAACUUUGGCGACUUACUUGCGAAUCGAGAAAAAUAAUAAAAAGGCGCGCGAAGGGAAAGUUUUGAAAUUGAUAGCGGAGAAGGCACUCGAGGUGAAGGACUUUAACGUUUGUGCUGCUACUUGUCAACAAUUGAUGCAGAAUAAUUACAUUCCCGCGUGGACGGUUGCCUCAAAUUUAGGAUACUGCGAAGAUUAUAAAGAUUUAAAAACUAAACAAGUGUGUUUAUGGUUUGCUAUAAACAAUGGGCCUAGCGAUAUAUUGGGCAAAGCACUGGAUCAAGUGCAUCUGAUAGAAAUACAAAUUUUGCAUAAAUACUUGGAAUUUUGGAUACCCCCGAAUGAGUUUGAUAAUUUUGAUGACGCCGAUGAUGCAGACAGCGAAGAAGAAUUUAUAGACGCAAUGACUACUCCACAAGUGGAGACGAAAGAAUUUGUUCCAAAAAUGUUUGAAGCAUCCACAGAAAUGGUAAAGAGUUCUGCAAAUAUGAUGAAAGAGUCAACGUUUGGUUUAAUCAAAAGCAUAAGAGAUACGAACUUUUGGAAGUCUAGAUUGAAACUGAACUUUACGAAUAGCCAAGAUAGUGAUGCAGAAUAUAUUAACGAGAAUCAGAGGGAUAAUGGCGAUGUCCAAAGCUUUCCAUGUUUUUACGAAUGUUUGCACAAAAAUUAUAAGCUUAGCGAUCUCGAUACUAAAUACACAAAUUAUUCGAUGUUGGAUAUACAGAAUACAAAGUUAAAAUGCUGUCAGACAUUUUUAAGAAUAGCUAUGUUGAGCGAAUCGUCUUGCUGUGGAUUAGAAGUGAGCGAUAUUAAUCAUUUAUUUUUAGAAUGUGCAAAAUACACUUUGCAAGACGAUUGGUUGUUAGGAAUGUCGUAUUUAUUUAGUGUACAAAAGAAUAGCAUAAUGAAAACACAAAACGUUUUAACGGAACUUCGACAAACAGAUUUAUAUACACAAACUGCGAUAUAUUACUAUUGUUUAGAAUUAUAUAAAAGAUUAUAUAGAGAUUCCAAAAAUUUAUAUUUAUUUAACCCGUUAAAUUUAAUAUGGAAAAUUAUAAAUAUUGCUCACAAAAGUAAAGACACUGAUAUCUAUGAAAAUUUUAAAUAUUGGCAAAGGCGUUUGCUUGACGAUCAAGAAGUAAAAGGCACAGUGUUUUUUGAUACAAAUCAAGCUGAAGAUGAUCAGAAAAUAGGAAAUGAUGAGAAAAAUGAGGAAUCUAAUACCGAGCUCAUUCAGAGUCUAAACUCUGAAAAAUCAAAAAAGAAAUUAACGUCGACCGAGAAGUCAAUUUCACAAACUGACAACAAUAAUAAAAUUAAAGAAAACUUAUCUGAAUCUGAUGGUAAAAAUAUAAUGGAAUGGACAGAUGAUUGGGGCAACUUUUCUGACGAAGAUACAGAAACCGACAAGAGCAAGACAAACAUUCCAAAACACGAUUCGAACAUAGACAAUAAUAUUCCAUUAACAAAAGAUAUUGGCGAAUGUGCAACAGAAAAAGAUCGCUUCGAAGCUUUUGAAAAAAUGUUUGAUAAAAUACGAAACGUCGACCAUUUUAAUCAAGUAAAGGAAAUGGUUUUACAGUGGCCAAAAUUCAAUGAUCCUGCAUACACGACUAUCGACAAUCAUCCGAUUUUAAAAAUAAUGAAAUUAGUUAGUGUGUAUAUACCGGAAAAAGACAAAAGCAAGCACAACAAACAAAUUUUCCAAGAAUAUAAAAUGUUAAUAGAAGCAUUAUCUUCGCCAGAUAUGCUUAAGGAAUUUUUAAAUACCCGGCAGAUUCCUCUCGAACACGCGAUUUAUAUUAGACUAGAUAUCGACGAUUCGAUGCUUCACGAAGAAGCUGUAAAUAUUCUCAAAGAAAAUCACAAAAAAUUAAUUCUAUCAGCGCCGAUAUUGGAGAUGCUAUUUCUAAAAAAUCUGACAUCAUUUUUCGAUCCAAAUCACGAGAUAUACGGUCGAAUAAUCGAACAUGUCCUUAUGAACCGAUCUCUGACAAACGUAAAAGGAAAUACAGAAAUCCUUGUGCAGGAAUUGAAGAAGCAAAAACAUAUAGCCCACGCUUUAUGUAUAAUAAAAUUAAUGGAGGAUAUGCCGCCGUCUAUGUGUACAUUCGACACUUGUUACGAACUCUUAAUGAGAAAAUAAUCGCCUAUUCUUUUUUAUACGAACAUUGUGAUGCAGAUUAAAUAAGAAUUCGAACGCGUGAAAUCGUCAUCGAUAAAU